UGAACCAAACCGCGUAAGCUGUGGCCUCUUCUAACUUUAAUAUAUAACCAAUCAAAUCCAAAUCCAAUAGCAGCACUGGGAGGGCUUUCCCUUAAUUCAGCAGAAGCCCUUUGGACAACGCCUCUUCACAAUUCGGAAACCACCAAGAACCUUCCCUUCUUCUCUAUCAAUCUCUCAUCUUUCAUACAACCCAAUCCCCUUCCUCUCUCCAUCCACACUCAGGGUUCAUCAAACAAACAUCUAAACUCCCAUCAUGGGUAACGGCGACCCCAAUUUCAAUGAAGAAGAUGCCAGCAGCUAUGCUCUCAGCGGCAGGAUUAUGCUCAGCGCCAUCCUCAUUUUAUUCUUCAUAGUCAUCCUAAUGGUUUGCCUUCACCUUUAUGCUCGAUGGUUUCAUUUACAAGCUCGCCGCCGACAUCGCCGGCGCCGCCGCACUCACCUCGUAUUCUACGUCGACUCCGCCACUCCCGCCGUGGCCUCGUCGCGCGGUCUCGAUUCGUCUCUACUCUCGUCUCUCCCCAUCUUUGUAUACUCCUCCAAGACCCGUCCCGAGCAGGUUGAAUGCGCGGUCUGCUUGUCCGAGUUCGAAGAGGGUGAAACGGGUCGAGUUUUGCCCAAAUGCAGUCACAGCUUCCACGUUGACUGCAUCGACAUGUGGUUCAAGACCCACUCCACGUGCCCCAUUUGCAGGGCUGCUGUUGAACCCGAGCCCACUGAAGCCGACAGGCCAGAAGUGGUGAUAACUGUGAGCGAACCGGAAAUUCCUGAACCAGGGUCGACUUCUGGGCUGUGCUCGGAGUGUCAGAACGAAGGCAGGGAUGAAACCCGAAGUGGCCUCACGGUUUGUUCUCCGUCGUCUUCGAUUGGGUUCGGGCGGAAGCCAUCGUCUCUUGCGGGUGUGACCCUGGAGAUGCCCAAGGGGAGCGAGUGCUUCGGGGAGGAGUCGGCUUGCGAGUCGCCGUCGACUCAAUCAUCUCUCAGGUCGCCGAUGAGUCGUAUGCUUUCGUUCAAGAGAAUGCUUAGCAGAGACCGGAAAGCAAACCUGUCGCCAACGGCAGGGUGUACGGCGGGGGGCAGCAGCUCUGGGAUUGAGAAAGAGAAGGAUGGGGGAGAACGAAAGGAGUGCCAGUGAGGUUGGUGUGGACUAGGAGGAGCUGACUCAGGGCCACUGACGUGGCCAUUUCCCAACAAAGUCAAAGAUCGUAUUCAAAACAAACACACUGUGCAUCCCUCUUUCAUUGUUGACUCUUCUGGUGAUGUAGGAGGCGGCAAGAGGCGUGUCCACUCCUCAUGGAAUUGGAAUUGGAACGGUGUAUUUUUAUUUUAUUUUAUUAUUCUCGAGCAUGACACCGACACUAAUAUUCCAUUUCAUUAUUCGCUCCACUUUCUGCGGGAUAAUUAGUUUCUAUACGUACACGAUUAUAAGUUUUGUGCAUACAUCCCAUGUUUACUAGCAUUAUACUGUUAAUAUUUUUGCCUAUAAUAUGUCCAAAAUUCAAUAACACUUUUGUUGUCCAGCA